UCGAGUGUGUGUGUGAAGAGAGCACACACGGAGGCAAGCGAUGGAAGCUCUUCGGAGGUUGGAAGAAGUGCAGAGAAUGAUGACGUUCAUGCGAUCGCGUGGCCUCUCUUCAGACCAUCCCGAUUCCGACCGUUUCCUCGCCGAUCUCAUGCUCCUCUUGGUAAAACCAAGUGACAUGCUCAACAUGGGUAAGAAGCUUCAUUUGAUAUCUGAAUUUCUGUCGAGGGUUUCAGUUGCUAUUGUUGAAGAAGCAUUGCUUUUUACCGGAGAAGGUAUUCAACAAGAUAAUGUUGAACAUCAUACACAAUUUCGUGUCGAGAAUAAAAUAGAUCUUGAUUCAUGGGCGAUUGAUGUUGAAGAUAUGGCUGUGGUUGGACUAGAUGCAAUGAAACGGUCAAAUUCUAGUCUUGACGAUUUUUGCAGGUCCUAUUUUAUGUUUCAUGAUCUGGAUGUGAGCAAACCACAAACAAUAUUCAUAUACCUGCCAAUUCUUUCAUUUACAGAAAGCUACAUUUAUCAGCUUGACAGAUAUAAUGAAGAAAUUCUGCACCCAUCAACAAAGGGCGAUAUUCCUUCAGAAAGAGGACCUGACCAUUUUAAUAAUGUUUAUAAGGAUGAAAAGCAAAGGUUGAGAAAGAAAUUCCUUGAGGUUUUUAAAACUGAUCCAUUUAGGCCUCUUAUUCUUCUGCUUGAGCGGCAGGGACUUUUGACAGAGCGAAUAAGAGAAGAGCUUAGGUGUGGACAAGAGUAUUGGGCUCUGGAAAGGAACCUUUGUAAUGCACUUCUAAGCAAUAAGGAGGUAUUUAUUGAAGAUGUGAUGAGAGGCAUUGAUCUAAAAUCCUUUGAUUACCGGGUUUUGAAUCUGUUGUUGUAUCAGUUGAGAGGAGAACAGGUUAAUGAAUUGCAUAUGGAGUUUUUAUCAAUCUCAGAAUUCCUUGUUGAAAUAUCUGAUGACUUGUUUGAUUAUGAGGAUGAUGUGGUUGAAAAUAAUUUCAAUAUUUUGCGCAUGUUUGUCUGGAUAUAUGGAGCUUCAGUUGCGCCGUCCAUGUUGGCAAAAUGCAUUGCUGAGGCAGAAGAGAAGUAUGAACGCCUGUCAAAGACUUUGGAUCCCAACCUCUCCCUGAAAUACUGGAGAAGAUGUGAAGAAGCGACAAAAGAAGGUGGGAAUAUAUCAGGUCAUUCUCUCGGAACAUGGACUAUUCCACCUGUGAUUGUAGAUGAAGAAUUGUAUCGAACAGAUUUUCCAGGCUUUAGAUCAUCUGUCAAUCCAGAUUGAUUAUGUUAAUUUUUGUGGAUUUUCUUAUCAAACUUGAUAUUCAGCCAUCAUCUAUCAAUCUCACUCAUGUGUUAUUAUGUUC